CCUUCAUUGGUUAAUUUUUUGACAAGAAAAGAAUGUAUAAAAGCAGAUAAACUCUUGAGAAAAUAUAACUUAUUAUAAGGGGAAAAUGCACUGUCAUGUCAAUUUGGCACAUUCCAGAGGAGUGUCAGAGUUAUUCCCCUUAAAACACAUUAUAAGUGUGUCAUUGUUCAGCGUGACAGAGAUCGUAAAUCCAGGUAUUUUUUACCUGAGCGCCAAAAUAGCAUCGUAAAAUCUGAAAUAAAUUUGAUAAUCAUACACUUUUUAUUCUCAAAAUACUCAAAGGUUAUAAGGUUUUAAUCCUCACCGUAAAAUAAGAAUGUUUAUUGUGCAGGUGUGUUAAUUGUGGUCACGUGACUCCGAUAGGAGUUAAUUCUGGCAGUGUCAAGUUGAGUUUCACAUGUUGAAAUUUGUCGUCUGUUUUGAAAUUGUGUUUACAUGGAUCUGACAGUGGAAUAGUUUGUACGGGGUCAUGAAAUGAGAGGGAUGUCAUUCAGAACCCCCGGGGUAGCCCUAGAGCUACAGGUGGGGGUUUGUUGCACUUUCUACUUCCUACUGAUGCUACCAUUUGCAUCCUCCCUCAACAACAGUACAGCAUUCUUCAACUCAACACUCAACUCUUCCGUCACCAUCCGCAACAAUAUACUCACAUUUCAAAGCAAUACCUUCCAAAGGGCAUUUUCCUUCAAGACAUGUUACAAUGGGCAGCUUAUAUACCAAAGAGGCCAAUUGGGGGACGAAUUUAGUGUCAUACUUAUAAAUGGAAGCAUAAACAUUCGAUGGAAGUCGGGUAACAGUGAAAUAGCAAUGACAACUAAUGCCCAACUCAACAACAACGCCUGGUACAUUAUGGAUCUCAGGAACAGGUUAGGGGUCAUUACCAUGGAGAUACUGAGGGGGAGGCAGAGAGAGUGCCUGAUUUAUUUGGCAAAUUCUACUUACCAGUCCAGUCUACUGGGCAUUGAUCUGUCAGGGAGCGAGGGGCUGGUCAUCGGGAGGGACUUCACAGGGUGUGUACAGGAGGGCCCGGGAGUGACCUUCAUAAACAAUGCCAAUGUUAGGGACGUCGAGGUGGAGUGGAGCUUUGACACCUGUCCAUUGGAUGGCAUCACCUGUAAUAGUGAUGAGGUUCCACAGAGGAUCUGUUGGCAGCAGCCCUGCAAAAAUAGUGGAGUGUGCGUGGACGAUGCUAAUGGCUACACCUGUCAGUGCCCCUAUCUGUUCAACGGCACCAACUGUGAAAAUGAUCUCAGACAGUAUGGCUGCAGCAUCAGUCCCUGUCUCAAUGGGGGCACCUGCCAGUCACUGACCAGUGGAAGUAGGACUUACAGAUGUAACUGUGUACCAGGGUUCACUGGUGAAAAUUGUGAAACAAAUAUAGAUGAGUGUGGACCAAAACCUUGCGCUAAUGGAGUCUGUAUCGACGGCUUGAACUCCUACUAUUGUAACUGCACUGGUUCUGGUUUUCGUGGUGUACUUUGUGAGGUGGAUAUCAAUGAGUGUGAACAGACUCCCAAUAUUUGUGGAAAUGGCACAUGUUUUAACUACGCUGGAGACUUUAGAUGUGAAUGCCCAGUAGGAUUUGAAGGUUUUCAGUGUUUAGUUCCUACAGAUGACUGUGCCUCGUCCCCGUGUAGGAAUGGGGCCACCUGUGUGGACGGGGUGGGGGGAUACACCUGUCAGUGUGUACUGGGCUACACAGGGACCCAGUGCCAAACUGAUGCCGACAACUGCGCCGGGAUAGACUGUUCUACCUCUGGGGCCCACAGGGUCUGCAAGGAUGGCCUCAACUCCUACACUUGUGCAUGUAAAGACGGGUACUCAGAGACUUCCGGUAACUGUGUGGACAUUGAUGAAUGUGCCUCGUCCCCCUGUAGAAAUGGCGCCACCUGCCAAAACUUGGAGAAUGCGUACCGCUGCGUGUGUGGAGCAGGGUACAGGGGGCCGCAGUGUGAGAGCAAUAUUGAUGAGUGUGCCACUCAACCAUGUCAAAAUGGCGCCACGUGUCAGGACAGGGUGAACGACUACUUCUGUGUAUGUCCAGCUGGCUACGAAGGCAAAAACUGCUCAACCAACAUUGAUGAUUGUGUAACUAAUGGCCAGCCCUGUAAAAACGGAGCCACAUGUACUGAUAAGAUCAAUGAUUACUCUUGCCACUGUGCCCCAGGAUGGACCAAUAAAAACUGCACGGUCAAUUACGAUGAGUGUUCCUCCACGCCUUGUAGAAAUGGGGGCACCUGUAGGGACGAGCUCAACGCCUACAAUUGUACCUGUACUCCGGGCUGGACGGGUACCCAGUGCACGAAGGACGUAAACGAAUGUCAGAGUCAGCCGUGUCUGAAUGGAGCCACGUGUCACAACCGCCGCAACGCCUAUAACUGUACUUGUGCCCCUGGAUUCACAGGAUCAAAUUGUCAGACCAAUAUUGACGACUGUCAACCAAACCCCUGUCAGAACGGGGGCACCUGUGUUGAUGGGGUAAAUGGGUAUAAUUGUACAUGCACUCCGACCUUCAUGGGUAAGAACUGCUCAAAGCUGUAUAAUGCAUGUGAAUCCUUCCAGCCAUGUAUGAAUGGUGCCACAUGUAACCCAGUGCUGGGUACACAAAACUACUCCUGCAAUUGUGUGCUGGGUUUCACGGAUGCUAACUGUUCCACAAACAUUGAUGACUGUUUACCGUCCGCUUGUACGCUGCCACUGGUGUGCUAUGAUUUAAUCAAUAACUACAAGUGUGCCUGUCCAAUAGGAAAAGAGGGCUCUGACUGCGCCCAAGAUAUAGACGAGUGUCUCUCCUCUCCCUGCCAAAACGGGGGCACCUGUCACAACGAAGAGGGCCGCUACAGGUGUGAAUGUCAACAGGUCACCGUCAAUCUGACCAAAUAUGGCAACGGUCAGAAGCUAGAGUUUUUGUCAGGAUUUAAAGGGGAUAACUGUGAAGUUGAUAUAAAUGAAUGUGACUAUAGCUCGCCAUCCAUCUGCCUUCAUAACGGCUCCUGUACAAACACCCAUGGAGAUUACAACUGUUUAUGUGGAUCGGUGUAUGAUGGCGUCUAUGCCACAGGAAACAACUGCGAGCUGUCCACUUCAUACUGUGAGUCAGCCAAUGAGGUAAAAGGAGACCCACCAGCAUGUCACAAUGGGGGCACCUGUCUCCCUGAUGAGAACAGCUUUACCUGUAGCUGUGCACCUGGGUUUACAGAUCCGAGAUGUAAAACAAACAUAAAUGAGUGCGAGUCGUCGCCCUGUCAGUACGGAGGAACCUGCGUGGACGGGAUCGCUCGCUACGAGUGUGUUUGCAUCCCAGGAAUCACUGGUCCAAACUGCGAGACUGAUAUAGACGAGUGUCAGUCAAUGCCCUGUCAAAAUGGCGGGAUGUGCAUCGACCAUAUCAAUGGACUUGACGGUUUUGACCCAAGCACUCUGCCAUCUGGCUCUAUUGGGUACGAGUGUAACUGCACAGACACGGGAUUCAACGGAACAAACUGCGAGCUAAAUAUUGAUGACUGUGCUCCUGGUCCAUGCCAAAACGAGGCCACUUGCACUGAUCUCAUUAAGGAUUACAAUUGUACUUGCUAUGAUGGAUACCUGGGAAAGGACUGUCAAGAGGACAUCAAUGAGUGUGAAUCCAGCCCCUGUCAGUACAACGGAACCUGUCUGGAGCGCUCUAAACCGUCCACUUAUCAAACAGUUCCAAGCCUAGGAAACUUUGCCUUUGCCAAAGCAGCGGGAUACUAUUGCGACUGUAUCCCAGGAAUCACAGGUGUAAACUGUGAAACAGACAUAGACGACUGUGUCAACAAUACGUGCCUGCAUGGAUCGACGUGUCAGGAUCGCAUCAACUAUUAUAACUGUGAAUGCGCCCCUGGUUAUAGGGGGCAGAAAUGUGAAAUUGAUAUAGAUGAGUGUCUAGAACAAAAACCCUGUCAAAAUGGUGCCACAUGUAUUGACAAGGUUGCAGAUUUUGAGUGUAGAUGUGCACCAGGAUACAGGGGUAGAAAUUGUGAAAUAGAGAUUGAUGAGUGUAAGGAGUAUUCACCAUGUCAGAAUAAUGCGACCUGCACAGACAAGGUGGCUGAUUAUCAGUGUAGUUGUUCCGAGCAACCGGAUGCUGACAAUAGGGUGUUUUCAGGCAAAAAUUGUACCGUGCAGCUCACAGCAUGUAUUGGAAAUGAGAACUGUAGAAACGGCGCUACCUGUGUUCCGUAUCUAAAGUCGGAGUUUCCGACAAUCGAACAGGCUUAUUACUGUAAGUGCGCUCCAGGAUUUACUGGGGACCGUUGUAACGUAAAUACUACCUUCUCCUUCACUGGGAUAUCAUCAGUGGAGCGCACAUUGAGUCAGGUUACAAACAACACUAUCAAGUUUCGGUUCCGGACCACUCUUCCAGAUGUCAUACUGUUGAUGUGGAGUGGACAAUACUUCUCCACGGGAAUCUUUAUGCACAUUGAGCUUUUUAAUGGGUCUCUAUACAUGAGCUACGUGAAAUAUAAUUUGAUUUUCUCCUUUGAACAGGUCAAUGUGCAAAUUCCCGUACAGAUCAAUGAUGGAGAAUGGCAGGAAAUUCAUAUACAUCAGUUUAAUGACACCGAGAUAAAUGAAAAGGGAAUAAUCAUACUCAAAUUAAUUAGCCCCAAAUGUGGCAAUGAUAUCUGCGAAAAGCGAGUAGAGUAUCUCCACAUGGCAAAUACCCAGCCAACAACGGAGUUGUUCUUUGGAAACAUAGGAGAUAAAUUACCCAAGCUUUCUUUCACCAAGUCGCAAACGUUGUUCAAAGGCUGUAUGCAAGAUAUGACGGUAAACAACAAAGUUAUUACUGCAGUUAAUAAUAAUGAAACUAUUCCUAUUGAGAUAAAUAAAGGCUGUAACAGGAACCAGCAAUGUUUUCCAAACACUUGUAGCAGACGUGGAACCUGCACAGACAUGUGGGACAAUUUUGAAUGCAAUUGUGACCGCCGAUAUCUGGGGACAAAAUGUCAAGAAGAAUUUGUGCCAGCAACAUUUUCCAUGAACAAUGCAGCCUCCAGCAGCGCUAUCUUCACUGUUCCCCCCAAUCAGAUGCAAGAGAUCAGAAGCACUGUCAAAAUGUCGCUCUUCAUUCGGACUCGUGAGCCCAGCGGACUCAUCAUGUACCUGGGAAAUAACAAUACCACCUUCCUCACUCUUGAGAUGUAUCAGGGCAAACUAGCCAGCAGACUCAUGUUGUGUGAUCUCCAGACAAUUACGUAUAUUUUGGACAAUUCAACAGUUAUAAAUGAUGGCCAACAACAUUUUGUUGGCGUAGAGUUUCAAGCAGGACAAAAACUUCGGCUCCUCAGAAAUGGGAACGUUGUCCGUUCAAAUACCUUACCAUCCUCAGGAGGUUGUUCGUUAAAUGCUCCACAUUUGAUCUUUGGGGGGGAAAUUCCACAGUCCCUAAGGCAGGCAGGAAGGGUUCGUAGGAACACAGAUGUGGUCAUUGCUGAUGGAAACUCGGUUCCAAAGUUAACUGAGCUGGGAAAUUUUAAAGGAACCAUUCAGGAUGCAGAAUUGAACGAUAAUAAACUGGUUUUCUUCCCUGGUAACACCAGCGUGGAGAGUAAUUUUACACUGACAAGCCUCACUGAGGUGGAGGCCAAUGAAGUGAGCGAUGACAUCUGCGAUAUCCAAUCUCCUUGCAUGCACAAUGGGACAUGUACCAAUGUUUUCUUCAAUGACUUCAGGUGUGACUGUCCACGAGGAUUCCGGGGAAAGACAUGCAGUGAAAUCGACUUUUGUGAUUUUGAUUCCUGCCCAAGCACAGCAACAUGCAACAGUCUACAUAAUGGAUUUGAAUGUAUUUCCACUGCAUUAUUCAACAACACCAGUCAAGUGGAAUACGUUCACAAACUGAAUCCUGGCCGAACCAUAAAAGACAUUUCCAUCCAGAUGAGGACUCUGGUCAAGAAUGGACUGAUUCUGUUUGCCCAAAAUGGUGCCCAUGUCCUGAAAAUUCGCAUCAGAGGAAGUAAACUUCAAGUACUGUAUCAGGUUGGAAAUGGAGAAGUGGAGAUUGAGGAAGCAGAUUAUGAUGUCAGUGAUAGGGAACUCCACACUGUGACCUUAACAGAAAACCUGACUAACAUGACCCUGGCCAUCACAGGGCCACACAGGAACAUUUCUAAAGAUUUCACAUUUCGACACAGCCCCACCGUUAAUCUUACCGCUCUUAUCACCAACGAGGAGAGCAACAGAAAACUGAGAUUAGGAUUCUACCAAGGGGCUAUGGAGGACUGGUUUUACAAAGGCUGUCUGAAAGAGGUGCGAAUCGGUGGAAUUUUACUUCCCUUCUAUGUCAUAAGUGAUUUCACCAAUUACAAUACCUCCAUUUAUCUGGAGUACUUUGAAGCAGUGGCUGUUUCGGUGGAGAAGCACAGAUGCUCCACGGACGGAUCCUGUGCGUACAGCCAGUGUAAGCAUUCCUCCACGUGUCAGAAGGACUAUUACAGCUACAACUGCCAAUGUCCCGCCGGGUACGGUGGAAAAUGGUGCGAGAACAAUAUCAAUGAUUGCGCAACACCGGCAGUUUGUGGACAAGGUGGAAAAUGUGUGGAUGGUGUGAAUUCCUUCACCUGUCGGUGCAGCGGUGGAUACAGUGGACCUAGGUGUCAGAACCACACCGAUCCCUGCAUACCCAACCCCUGCCUGAACGGGGCACUCUGCAGCGACGAUGGGGGGUCAGCAGCCUGCAACUGUACCAGCGGCUUCGUCGGAAAUACCUGUGGAACACCUAUAACUCAGACCUGCAGUGACAAUCCAUGUAAAAACAAUGCUACAUGUCAACCUGGGACGGGCGGACAGCCAUCUUUCAAUUGUUCGUGCCUCAGUGAGUACACAGGAACCCUCUGUGAUGAACCGAAAAACUUCUGCAGUGAUCUACCCUGUCAGAACGGUGGAAACUGCACCAACGAUUACACAGGAAACACAUUUAUUUGUUCCUGCCCAGCAGGGUACGGUGGGAAGAACUGUAGUGAGAACAUUGAUGACUGUAGUACCAACCCGUGUCAGAAUAGUGGAGUGUGUAUAGACUUGGUGGGCGACCAUCUCUGUAACUGUACAGAAGGUUGGAAUGGGGCGUCCUGUGAGGUGGACGUCAAUGAGUGCCAGCAUCAGCCCUGUCAGAGGGGCGAGUGUGUGAACACCCCCGGCAGUUACCACUGUAACUGUGUGGGCAAUGGAACUGGAUACACAGGUCCUGACUGUGGGAUAGACUACGAUGAAUGUAAGGAGGAGAGCCCCUGUGAGAAUGGCGCCACCUGUCUGAACUACGAAGGUGGCUACAACUGUAGCUGUACGGAGGGCUACAAGGGCAAGAACUGUACAGUGGUGGACUGUGCCAGCGUGGUCUGUCUGAACGGGGGCCAAUGUACUCACGUACAGGUCGACAAUAAGUGGCAAUGCGACUGUCCCAAAUAUGUUCACGGUGUGAAGUGUGAAACGCUAGGACCGUGUUACUCGGAGCCUUGUGAUGAGAACAACACUAAGUCAUCCUGUACAGAGAUCAACAAUCUGACCGACUACACCUGCUCCUGUAAAACAGAAUGGCAGGGUCAAAACUGUACAGAGGAUGUAGAUGAGUGUUCCAGCAGUUCUCCCCCUUGUCACUUCGACCACACCUACAACUGUACCAAUGUCCAGGGGGACUACAUCUGUUACUGUCACCCAGGCUUCUCCGACAAGAAUUGCUUCACCAACAUCAACGAGUGUAGCUCUGUCACCUGCCACAAUGGGGGCACCUGUAUAGACGGCAUCAAUAGCUACACCUGUAAUUGUACCGCAGGGUGGACCAACACCAGCAACUGUAUGGAGGACAUCAAUGAGUGCACGCUACAGGACCCGUGUCUGAAUGGGGCGACCUGUGUCAACACCGAGGGCAGCUUCAGCUGUCAGUGUGAGCCGGGCUACAUAGGCAACCUGUGUGCCACCAAGGACCCGGACUUCCGGAAGAUCUCGUCCGACGACAACGUGUGGAUUAUAGUGGGCCCGGUGGUGGCGGGCUUUCUGUUGUUAGUAGUCAUAGGUGUAAUAAUAUUUUUAAAGAUGGCACGUAAAAAGCGACGGACCCGAGGAACCUACAAUCCUAGUCGACAGGAAAUGAACGGCUCAAAACUCGAACUUGGGCGGGUAUUAAAACCCCCUCCUGAGGAAAGACUGAUAUAGAUUUAAAUUAAUUUUAAAACUGACACUUGUGUGUGAAAAAAAAGGAAAGAUUAUAGAGCCCAAAGCCCAAAUUGUCUCAAUAACAGUCCAAUGGAUUCACUCUCAAAGGGAGAUAAUUCAUGUGAUGAAAAAGACUUGAUCGUGAUGGAUCAUUUGUUUGCCCUGCCAAAGAUGUGUACAGAUCAAAUGGAAAUCAAAACCCAAAGUUAGAACUAUGCAAUUUUAGACUAACAGGCCAUGGAUAGACACUGUCCUGUUAGGGCCAUGUUUUAUGAUAUUUUUAAAAAUAUGCAUUAUUUUGUGAAUGAAUGUGUUAUCUGUAUAAUGAGAUUGUGUAUGUAGGCAUGUGUGUGAAUGUUUUGGACUAAGAGAAAAGGUAUGUGAAUGCAUAUGCAAUUUAAGAUUUAAGUGCUAGUAAUCCUAUGUCAUGUUUAUAAGUGAUAUAUUUUUUUUUGGUGUGUCUGUAUAAUGACUUGUUCACAACCAUAUCUCAGGAAUGUCUGCAAUAACCUGCAUGUUCUAAGCCUUGUUUUCCUGCUUCAUUUGAAUUCGCUGCCUGAGGGAAACUAUUUUGAUGCUACAUCUUUGUUGUUACAAUAGGAAAAUGUACAUUGAUAAUGUAAUUGCUUUGCAAGAAAAUUUUUGACACGUGACCUUGCUCUUCAAAGAUGUAACCUUGACAUACAUGUAUGCAUGUAUUGUCUUCAAAGGUUGUGUAAAAUUCCUGGUUUUAGUAUUAGUUAAUCAUGAUAUUGCCAGUAAUAAUAACAUCUCUUUGUGUUUCAUUUGUCCCAUUUCUGUGAUAUCAGCCAAAGGAUUAUUUUGUUUAGACCCGUUCCGCUAGUUUUCUACUGAUCUUGUUUCCUAAUGAUUAGUCUGUACCGGUAAGUUCAUUCAUAAAACAAUGCAAUAAUGCUGUUAGCGUACCAAUUUUCAAUUUGUAAAAGAUUUAAAAUUUCUGUAGUUGUGACCUUGGCUGUUAGAUUAGAACUUGGUGUAUAAAUGGGGUGUGCAAGUUGUUGAUUUUGGUGCUAAAUAUUUGUUGCAUGACUGAGGGUUCUUGUUUCAUAUUUUUAAAAUAUAAGCUCCAUAUUUUACUGACCGUAGUUCUAGAUUCAUUGUUCACAGCAUCGUUCAUUUUGUGAGACAUUUCUUAUAACCACAUUAGCUUACAACACACUUUAGAACAGGACAUGAUAUGUUCCUUUCAUCAAUACUCAUAUUCAUCUAUCAUUUUAUUGGAACUAAGUUAUGUGGAACACUUGAGGCAAGUUUAUAACAUACUGUUAGUAUUUUGUUAGUUGUUCUAGUCGCAUUAGACUUAUUUGGAUUGUCAGACAUUCUGCCAUUUUGUGUCCCUUAGACAAUCGCAUCAGAUCUCUUUUCACAGUUCCUAAGCCUGUUUAAGGUUAUAAACAAGUAUUCUUAUACUUUCUUAUCAUUUCUUUAAAUGUUUUGUCAUAUUUUGUUUUAUAUUUAAUGAUAAAAGGUUAGUGAAGACAAACAUUCCAGAAAUAGAAUUUUGUUUAUAUAAAUAUAAAUCUUUUUUUAAGUUUUGAAAACAAUUUGAUAAUUAUCAGAUGCAUAUCAGUGUGAACUGGUUGUGAUAGUUUGUUUUGUACCAAAAAUUUCAUAUUUUUUGAAGUCUUUGAAUAAGCUCAUAUAUGUAAAUGAACAAGCUCAUUUAUAAAAAUUCCCAAAAAAGAGAUUUCACGUUGACAGCUGAAUACUAUAGAUUUGUUGUGAAUGGGGGUUAUCUUGUCCAGAUGAACUAAAGAUUAUUGUAAAUAACAUUGAAUAUGUAUUUGUAUAUUUUUUAUAAUGUAUACAUGUAAUAUUUUCUGUGUUAAUCAUACAUUUAUAAUGUAAUCAUUUUUUUUACGCAGACAUAGGGAAAUGAGAUUAUAUUUACAUUCUUCAUCAUAACUUCAUAAUGUUUUUAUCUACUGCCGUUGUGAGUGAAUUGACCAUGCUACGCAAGACUGCUUUGUUCCAUUCGUCUGUAUUUCAGCACUAUAUACUGAGGAAGUUUGCUUAACAAGGAAUCAAGUGGGAACUGGAGUGUGGGGAUUAACAUUACAUAUGUGUAUGGUUUAUCAUUAUCAAACUAGUCAGCAAUAUUUAAUUCAUUAUGAAAUAAACUCCAAUUAAUACUGA